AUGGCUUUACUUCAUUUGUUGAACCGAUCCAUUUUGAGACAACAUGAAGUUGUAUCUGCUUCGUCCAAACUGUUUUCAACCACUUCGAAAUCUUUCAAACUGACGCCCGCGUGUUGUCAGCCGACGUCUUCUUAUGUGCAUCAACAGAACAGAAAGAUCUCAGUGACUCCCGAUACUGCCCUGAAGUACUUGGAGAAAGACAAGCACUCUCACACCAAAGAGUGGCUCUGGGAGAGAGGAACUGCAAUUGGCCUGUUGUCCUGCUUCCCAGCUGCAUUCAUACUGCCCUUCCCCCUUGUAGAUUUCACUCUGACCACGCUAGCUGUUUUUCACGGUCAUCUUGGUAUGGAAGCCGUCUUCACAGACUACGCCCAUAGCCACGCGCUCCGAAAGGCAGUGAAUACUCUUCUAUAUGCCGUUUCGUUUUUCAUGUGGGGCGCCCUUAUGUACUUCAACUAUGCCGACGUAGGACUCUGUGGAGCCGUCAAACUAAUCUGGACGUCAUAG